CACGCACGCUUCACCCAGAUUAGACACACACAGCCUUCAAUUCUCUCUCUCUCCUCUUUCUCUCACUACAAAGUCCUCAAUUCCAUUUCAGUCCCUCCAAUGGGAGAGAGCUCAAUGGGUGGUGCGCUGGUCCCCACCGUGAAAUCCGAAUACUUCCAGGACUCCGCCGCCGAAACGGCGCCGUUUGACGACGAGCCGGACAAGGACAUGAAGUGUCCGAUAUGCAUGCAGAUCAUCAGAGACGCCUGCCUCACCGCCUGCGGCCAUAGUUUCUGCCACGUCUGCAUUUCAACUCACCUCCGCAUCAAGAGCGAUUGCCCUUGCUGCGCUAGCUCCCUCACCCCCGCCAGCAUUUUCCCCAAUUUCUUGCUCGACAAGUUGCUGAAAAAUGUUUUGGAUUCUCGGAUGGCGAAGAAUUUUGAACUUCUUAGUCGGAAAUUGAACAAGGGCUGCGAGAUUUCGAUCAAAGAGCUGGACGGCCUUUUGUCCUUGCUGGAAGAGAAGAGGAGAAAAAUGGAGCUACAAGAAGCCGAGAACAGCAUGGACAUCAUGCUUAGCUUCUUACAUUGUCUGAGAAGGCAAAAGCUUCAAGAGCUCAAUGAGUUAGAGGCCGAUCUCAGGUACAUCAAGGAGGACAUUACUGCCGUUGAGAGGCAUAGACUAGAACUAUGCAGCUGGGAACAGGAGAGGUCCGCAAAGCUGAGAAUGCUUGUUCCCGGUGAUCAGCAUGGCAACGGCAUUGCCUGCAGCACUCAAUAUGUGCAAGACCGGAUGAGUUCUUUCAACCUACAGAACAAGAGAGCUGAUGUAAACGGGCAAUCAAGCUCCAAGCUGCUCCAACUGAAGGAUGCUUAUGGAAGGUCUGAAAUGCAGUGUGUUACAACACGAGGAGUACUAUCAGUAGCAAGAAAAAGGCGUGUCCAUUCGCAGUUUAAUGAUCUACAAGACUGCUACUUGCAAAAGCGACGAAAUUGGAACAGACAGGAAGAGGACACAAACGCCAUGGACAUAGAAGGUUACAAUCCAGGCCUUGAAGAUUUUCAAUCUGUGCUUGCAAGCUUUACACAAUACAGUCGAUUGAGAGUCGUUGCUGAACUGAGUCACGGUGAUCUUUUUCACUCUGCUAAUAUUGUGUCAAGUAUAGAAUUUGAUCGUGAUGAAGAGCUCUUUGCUACUGCUGGAGUUUCACGGUGCAUCAAGGUUUUUGAAUUUUCCUCGGUGGUUAACGAACCAACCGAUAUCCACUGUCCUAUUGUGGAGAUAUCCUCACGAUCCAAACUUAGUUGCUUGAGCUGGAAUAAGUACACUAGAAACCAUAUUGCUAGUAGUGACUACGAGGGGGUAGUAACUGUUUGGGAUGUAAAUACUUGUCAGAGUAUGAUGGAAUAUGAGGAGCAUGAAAAGCGAGCUUGGAGCGUUGAUUUUUCAUGCACCGAUCCUUCAAUGCUUGUGUCCGGAAGUGAUGACUGCAAGGUCAAAAUUUGGUGCACAAAGCAAGAACCAAGUGUUCUUAACAUCGACAUGAAGGCAAAUAUAUGUUCUGUCAAGUAUAAUCCUGGAUCCAGCUUUUUCGUGGCAGUUGGCUCUGCUGACCAUCACAUUCAUUAUUAUGACUUGAGAAACAUCAGCCAACCACUGCACGUGUUCCGUGGGCAUAGAAAAGCUGUUUCGUAUGUAAAAUUCUUGUCUAACAACGAACUUGCUUCUGCAUCCACUGACAGCACACUGCGGUUGUGGGACGUAAAGGAAAACUUGCCCUUGUGCAUGUACAGAGGCCACAUGAACGAGAAGAACUUUGUAGGUCUUGCAGUAAAUAAUGAAUACAUUGCUUGUGGCAGCGAGACAAAUGAACUGUUCGUAUACCAUAAGGCCAUCUCGAAACCUAUGACUUGGCACAGAUUUGGCUCUUCGGAUUUAGGCGAUAAUGACGACGAUCCAGGACCACACUUUAUCAGUGCGGUAUGUUGGAAGAGGGAUAGCCCUAUGAUAUUGACUGCAAACAGUCAAGGAACGAUUAAAGUGCUCGUACUUGCAGCCUGAGUAUCAGUAUUCAAGUGAAGUCUUAAGAGCUCGUUUGGAAAUAUUUUCAGACCGAUGUUGUGUCGAUGUGAUUUGCACUGUACAGAAGCUUCUCAGUCCAGUUGGAAAGUACAGAAGCUAAAAAGAAGGAUGCCCAAUUGCCAAUGAAUGAGUAAGGUAGGAGGAUGGAAGGUGGUGUGGUACCCACCAAACAGCCCAUGUGUCGAGCAUAAUUGCAACAAGAUCAGCCCGCCUUUAUCAAGAGAGCAACUUGCAUCGACGGUGAUGUGUACCCUCAUGUUUCUAUGUCACUCAUAUUAGGCGGUGAGUAUACAUAGAGAGAGAGAGAGAGAGAGAGAGAGAGAGAGAGAGAGAGAGAGAGAGAGAUAUUUACACGUUACAAACAAGUACAAAAUCCCUCGACAAGUGAACAAAGUGUAGUAGACUUCAAAGUGCCAAAUGUGUCACCCGUCGAGCAAUUACGUACUUGUUAGUAAACAGACUCCUUUUCUAA